AUGGACUUUGUCAAGUUCAUAGCACUGUACAUGCCGGGUCCUGACCUUCCGCCGGAGUCGGAGCUCCAGAUUCCUGCAAUAGACAGGACAACGCUCUUCAGCUCUACGGAAGGUCCUAUCUGCCGUGCACUGUGCACGGUGGCGCAAGCCAUCUUCGACGGUUGUUCACACGGGGACUCGAAACUUGUUGCGAAGAAUACGUGUGGCUAUCCGGACGUCAGCGAUCGACUCGACUUUGCAGGCCAGGAGAAGGUCAACGUCUGCUUCUAUCCCGACCACGAAGAUGCGAAGUCGGACUACACGCUUCCGGCGCAAGGUAGAAGGCAGGCGGCGUUCCGAGGGCGGACUUGCUGGGCAUGGGUUUCGUUACCGGUGGAAGUCAAGACAGAUCACGAACGCACACUCGAGUCCGAAGAGGAGCUAGAGAUGUCUGAUGGAAAGGUUGGGGACGCUUCUCAAAACCUCCAGCAGCUCAAUGAUACUCAAGCCAGCCACGAAGAGGGUGACCACUCAGAGCCUAAGACGCGUGUGCGCUCGGAUUUCGCGAUGGACUGCGGGAUAGAGCAACAGGGAGCGUACGUUGCAAAGCUUCUGAAGCGGCAACAUCGCGUGCACUGCUUCACGAUGCGCGUCUUCAAGGGGCAGGCUCGCGUCGUACGUUGGGACAGGGCGGGCGCCAUUGUGUCCGCUCCCAUCGACUUCGAGAAAGACCCGUCGUUGCUCCACCGGGUGAUCUGGCGGUACGCGUGCAUGACCGAGGUGCAGCGCGGGUUUGACCCGACGGCGAGACGGGCUACCGAGGAAGAGGUCAAGAAGAUGCGGAACUGCCACCCGCCGAAUGAGUGGGCGGACAAGUUCCGCAAUGCAGCCCUUGAUCAAGAUGGAUGGCCGGCUUAUACAAUCACCAUGCCGCUCAAUGAUCGCGUCGAUCAGACGGACUUGCAACCCAUUGCCCCUAAGUUCCCUCGCGAAGAUGCCUACGCUAACAAGGAAGCAUAUGGGAACAGGUCUGGAGCUGAAUUUGUCAUCGGAAAGUGCUACUUCGCAAGUAACUCUCCUACCGGGCGUGGCACCAAAUGCUACAUCGCAUACGAAGUCGCUCGAGAUCGCCUGGUCUUCCUCAAGGACUACUGGCGUGCCGACACGGAUAGUUCGCCAGAGGAGGGAAAGGUGCUGGAAGACCUCAGAAAGGCUGGUGUUCAGUUCGUGCCGACGCCCUUGUUUAGGGGGCAUGUACGAAGCGGCGACGACGAACAGAAGACGCGCAUGCAGGCCUUCUUACCGGCACACCCUCGGUCGCAUAUCAAGCCUGCCGCUAUGAAGCACUACCGCCUAGUUGUCAAGGAGAUCGGGCGUCCUCUGGAGGAACACGAGAAUGCAUUUUAUCUAGUAUGCGCUUUGCUUGAUGCCCUGCAAGCAUGGGUCAAGAUGAAGAUUAUGCAUGGCGACAUGAGCCCGCGGAACAUCCUCUCUUCGCCUACAUCGAUGAAGAGGCACCGUAUUUCUAUUGGAAUGCUGAUCGACUGGGACUUGUGCAAGACGAGAAUAUGGCACGGUUAUGAAUGUGGUCGUUCGGGUACGUGGCCAUUCAUGUCCGCUGGGCUCCUGCGCAAUCCUACGAAGAGGCAUGAAGUCGCAGAUGAUCUGGAAUCCGUCGUCCAUAUCCUUGUGUGGAUGCUUUCGCUUUUACAGCACAGGUAUCGUAAACGGAGAAGCAGUCGGCGGUGCACAGAAGCAUCCUUCCUGCUUCUCGGUAUCUAG